AUGUCCGAGAGAGGACAUUUUCGUGGAGGUGGCCGGGGAGGCGGCGGAAGAGGAGGUGGAGGAGGCAGGGGCGGAGGUGGUCGAGGUGGUGGUGUCGCCGGCGCCUCUUCCCAACAGUCCAAUCAACCACACGAAAAGCCCAAGAAGGAGAACAUCCUGGACUUGGCCAAAUACGUCGAGAAGCAGAUCACUGUCAAGUUUAAUGGUGGAAGAGAAAUCGUUGGUACGCUCAAGGGCUACGAUCAAUUAAUGAACCUCGUGUUGGAUGACGUCAAGGAGACCAUGAGAGAUGACGAGGGCAACGAGACAACACGAUCGCUGGGACUCGUUGUUGCCCGCGGUACGUUGCUCGUCCUGAUAUCUCCGCUGGACGGCAGUGAAGAGAUCGAGAAUCCCUUUCAACAGCCGCCGGAAGAGUGA